AUGACCUUGAAGGCUAUACUGUUUGAUAGGACGCAGCCUAAAAAUGUAUCUGUAGAGGUUUUGGAUCAGCUACUGUUGCCCUACACCACCAAAUACAUCCCCAUCCACACUAUUGACGAUGGUUACAGUGUGAUCAAUCUCAUGCAGGUGAGGGGUGCCCCGGCGAUUGCCAUUGUUGGAGCUCUUUCGGUGCUCAUGGAAGUACAGCUUUUGCAAAACGACAGCUUCGUAAAGGCUCAGAUAUUUUACGAUGCUUCCAGUUUCGAUGCCAUCAGCACUAAGCUAGUCGAGAGACUGGAUUUCUUGCUUUGCAGCAGACCUACAGCAGUUAAUCUGUCUAAUGCUUUGUCUGAGAUCAAAACGAUUCUCACAAGUGCUUCAGAUCUCGCGACUUUCCAUACUCGUCUCUACGAAUUUGUGUGUCUCUUGAUUGAUGAUGAUUUAUCCAAUAACGUUAAAAUGGGGAACAAUGGUGCUCAAUAUCUCCUGCAAGAGCUUCAAGGAGAGGGAUUCGAUCAGGACUUUGCCGUACUCACUAUCUGUAAUACUGGCUCCCUGGCUACGUCUGGUUAUGGCACGGCGCUCGGAGUGAUACGUUCAUUGUGGGAGGACUCUAAAUCUAAAAAUGCUAGCGAUAAGCCGCUGGAGAAGAAACGUAAGGUAGGUGCUGGAAAUGCCAAGAUGACCCAUGUCUUUCCUUUAGAAACUCGUCCUUACAACCAAGGCUCCAGAUUGACCGCGUACGAACUCGUUCACGACCAAAUUCCAGCCACUUUGAUUCCUGAUAGUUCUAUCACAUAUCGUAUCGCAACCAGUCCGCUUCCAAUCAAAGCUGCGUUUGUAGGGGCUGAUAGAAUCGUGCGCAACGGCGACACCGCCAACAAAAUUGGGACUUACCAACUCGCUCUCAUCUGCAAGCAAUUUGGCAUCAAGUUCUUUGUCACUGCUCCCAAAACCACUAUAGACAACAUUACCGAAAGUGGAGCCGGUAUCGUUGUGGAAGAGCGUAAAGCGAACGAGUUCAAACAUGUUUCUGGCACUGUAAUUGAUGGCAAAAGUGGCGAACCGCAAUUGGAUUCAGACGGCAACCCCGUUUCGGGCAAGGUUGGUGUGGCUCCAGUGGGCGUAGACGUUUGGAACCCUGCCUUUGACGUUACCCCACAUGAAUUGAUAGACGGGAUUGUCACCGAAGUUGGCGUAUUUACCAAGGAUUCGGAGGGAAAGUUCAAUCUCGGAGAGUUGCUGGGUUAG